CCUCGCAGUUUGAAACUUCAAGCAAAGCAAAUGACAAUGUAUAAACUCUUUGUGUUUAUAAGCCGGACUUUGGUGACUCAUUAACACUUUUAGGGUAUAGGUAAGACAGAAAAAAAAAGGGAAAGCAGAGAUUAAAAACAAUAUAGAAGGACUAAACUUUCUUUGAAUGUUGGAGUUUCUCCAUACAGCCGUUUAUUUAGUAUUUAUCUCAUUCAUUUAUUCAUCGAGUUCCUCUCUUCGUCUCCACCAAAUCGCUGCUGGCUGAUAAAAGACAGAGCAGAUUCUAUCAUGUUUCCUUUGGUGUCAUCAUGAAAUCUUACAAAAAUGGAGUAAAUUCACACACAAAUUCUAAUUCUCACCAUGAACCAAAAUCUGUUUUCACCUGGGAUGAAUGCUUACCCAUACCAAGGCUUUCAUUCAUUCCAGCAGCUACCAUUGUCUUCAUUUUGGCCACAGCCUGUUUCCUUAACAGCGUUUCAGGCCAUUUUGUUUUUGAUGACUUUGAAGCCAUCUUGAACAAUAACGAUCUCACACCAAGUGAACCUAUUGGAAAUUUAUUUUUUCAUGAUUUUUGGGGCAACAAACUCAAUUCCGACUCCAGCCACAAAUCAUACCGUCCAUUUGCAGUUCUCACAUUCAGACUUAACUAUUUCUUAGCCGGUGGAUUACAUCCCUGGGGAUUUCAUAUUGUUAAUGUUAUUCUACAUGGAAUUGUGUCCAUUCUAUUCUUAAAAGUCUUUUCUUGUGUAUUUGGUGCUUGUUCUACCAGUACACUUGGUGGCUUUCCUGCUGCAAAAUCUUCCCUUUUGUGUGCAGUCAUCUUCGCCAUCCAUCCAGUUCAUACCGAAAAUGUUGCUGGUGUUGUUGGACGUGCAGAUUUACUUUGUGCUUUACUUGUUACGUUAUCUAUAUUAUCUUACAUCAAGGCUUGCAAUACAGAUAAAAAUUGUUUAACAGAAAUUCCUGCCAACUUUUCUUGGCUUUGGUUUACAGGAAGCAUAAUCUUUAUGGCAUCGUCAAUGUUGUGCAAGGAGCAAGGUAUAACCGUUAUAGGUAUCUGCAGUGCCUAUGAUAUCAUAAUUGUAUGCCGUAUUGAUCCUCUACAUUUCAUAUCAUUAAUAAAGAACCAGAAAAUACCAAACAAAGUGCCUUGUUGGGGGAAGUCUUUACUUCUACGACACCUCAUAUUGAUAGUUUCUGGAAUUCUGUUAUUGGCUCUUCGAUGGAAGCUGAUGGGAUUCAAACCUCCAACGUUUCAGAUUGUUGAUAAUCCACAUUCAUUUGUCUCAAGUUUUUACCUCAGAUCCAUCAACUACAGUUACUUGUAUGCUCUCAAUGUAUGGUUAUUGUUAAACCCAUGGUGGCUUUGUUUUGAUUGGUCAAUGGGAUGUAUUCCUACAAUCGAAUCCUUCCUUGAUCCAAGAUGUGUUCUUGUCUUACUCUUUUGGGUAGGAUUUUGCGCAUUCUUACAUGUUUCUGUUACUUGUAGUCCAGGACACCAGAAGAGGCUGCUUCUUUUAUCCAUUGCAUUUCUACUCAUACCAUUCCUUCCGGCCAGUAAUCUGUUCUUUCGUGUUGGUUUUGUAAUAGCUGAACGCAUCCUGUACUUGCCCAGUGUUGGCUACUGUAUGUUAUUUGUGAUUGGGCUCCAGCAGUUUUGUCAGCACAAUGUCUUUUCUAAAAAGGUUGUGACUUCAUUGUUAAUAUUUUUGGUUGUUAUAAACAUAUACAGAUCAGUGCAGAGGAGUUCAGAAUGGCAAACAGAAUUUCAGUUAUUUACUUCAGGUGCAAAAGUCUGUCCAUUAAAUGCUAAAAUACAUUACAACAUCGGUAAAGUUCUUGGAGAUGCUGGCCAAGUACAGAUGGCAAUUGACAAAUACUAUGAAGCAAUAAGAUUAAACCCAGAAUAUGACCAAGCUAUGAAUAACCUUGCUAAUAUCUUAAAAGAUCAGGGACAGGAAGAAGCUGCUGAAAAUUUAUUAACAAAAGCAAUUCAAAUCAGACCUUCGUUUUCCACAGCCUGGAUGAAUCUUGGCAUAGUUAAGGCAUCUCAGAAAAAAUAUGAAGAAGCUUUAUCUAGUUAUCGCACAGCUAUUCAGCACCGGCGGAACUAUCCAGACUGUUAUUAUAAUAUGGGAAACUGUUUCUUGGAGACAAAACAAUAUCAACUGGCCCUACUUGCUUGGCAAAAUGCAACCUUGUUAAAAUCUACACAUCUAAGUUCUUGGAGUAACAUGGUAAUUCUUCUUGAUAACAUGGGAAACCUAACAGCUGCUGAAACUGUGUGCAAUGUGGCUCUGCGCCACCUUCCAGGAGAAUCUAUUUUGUAUCUUCAUCUAGCAAGUAUACUUGGGAAACUGGGUCGAUAUAAAGAAAGUGAGCGUAACUUUCUCACUGCAAUCAAAUUGAAGCCAGACACAGCCCGGUAUUAUCUAAACUUAGGUAUACUUUACCACCGAUGGGGAAAAUAUGAGAAAGCUGAGGCAGCAUAUGAAAAAACACUUCUUCUAAAUCCAUCACUAAAAAAUGCCCAGGAAUAUUUACAGACCGUGCAAAAGAAAUUGAAGCAAGGCAGCUAGCUAAAUUCAGGAAAAAAAA